AUGAGAGAAGUUAACUUCAGCAUCCCCAACGUCAAUAAGGCGUCGGUGGGCAUCACCACCGCCUUAUACGACCGCCGGGCACUUGAUUGCACUUCCACUCUCCCCCUCAUCAACUCCCUCAAUCAUCUCGCUUAUCUUACGACUUCUUCGGCUCGCAUUCGGGAUAUCCUAACCGUCGACGGAGGGAUCGAGAGGCUGGUAUGCAUAUUGAAACAGGGACGGAGCAAAGAUAUGAUGGAUAUGUGGAAGUGGAAUCUAGCCUUCCAGUGUGUAGUCAACAUAGGAGUUAGAGGAACUGAGAAUGUGAGGACUCGGGUGGUCGAGGCUGAUAUGGUUCCCGUUAUCGCGACUAUACUUGAUAACUAUAUUAAGGUUAUCGAAAAGUGCCGCGAAAAGGCAGAAGAGGCUAAGCAGAAACAGAUAGCUGACCACCAGCAGCGACACCGGAGUCAUAGCCAUCGGGAGCCGCCAUUUAAAUCAUCUUUCGCAAACCGGUCUAGUCGUUUAGACCUCGACCAAAGGACUUUCCUCCAUCGGAAUGCUCCACCGCCGUCUAUCGAUGUUGCAGCGGCUUCUUUUGCGAGCACGUCGGCUGCGGCUGCAGCUGAGCAGGCUACUACUGAGGUUGCUCCAGCUAUCCCAUCAUUCCCUAUAACCUCUCCUCCAGAUCGUUCUGCUUUCCCUAACCACCGUCAUCAUCACCAUCAUCACCACCACCACCACCAUCAUCAUCAUCACAGACAAGAAAGUCGGCCGAACAUUAUAUCACCGUCGCGACAGGUGAUCCAGCCCUUGGUGAGUGCGGUCCCGACUAUGGAGGCGGUUGAUGGUUUCAUUCGUCCUGUUCGAGACAUCGACCGACUACCAUCAAUGGUACCAGUUUUUCACCCUGGCCUACCAUCGCAGCCUACUUCGCCUACCACUCCUUUACCUCCGCCUCAAACCCACUCGCCGGCGGUUAGACCUACCUCAGAACUAGUACCAAAUGGCCGAUCUAGACGACGCCCUUCCAUACGUCAUCAGAACUCGACCACGGAUGCGGAUGAUUUGAAUGCAACUGAUAGUGUGCAAUCAGACGAGUCUCAAGAUGCCGAGAUGUCUGGUACUGCUGACAUCCAGCCUUCGGUUGGUUUCCAGGACAUUGCUAUGGAAGAAGGCGAUUAG